AUGGGGAACGAAGCGUUAACAGGGUGUGUUGCCAAACCAAGUCAGGUCAAGAUCAACUCGUGUUUAACGCAGGAACAAAUUACCCUUGUUCAGGAAACUUGGAAACUACUCAGAGGAGACUUGUCUUCUUGUGGGGUCAUUGUCUUUACAAGGUUCUUUCAGACCAAUGCCGAAAUGAAAGGUCUUUUCCCCAAAAUAAUAACCAUCAGCGAGGAGAAUCGACUGGAGUUUGUCAUCGAUGAGAAGAUGUUACAAAAGCACGCCACUACCGUGAUGGAGGGAUUAGGAGCGGCAGUGGAGAGCUUGAACAAUCCAUAUGUUCUGGACAAUGUCCUGAAAGCCGUCGGGCAAACCCACGCCCGGAGACAAGUGAAGCCGAUCAUGCUCAAAAAACUUUGGCCAGCGUUGGAUUUCGGACUGUCCGAAACUUUACAGGACAAUUACACGAAGGAAGCUGCGGACGCCUGGCGGAAAGUUUACGAGUACAUCUGUAUUCGUAUGAAAGAAGGAAUGAAAGACACUGACGAUGAGUUAUCUUGAGCCAUCCGCAAGUCACGGUGCUUCUUUGUUGGGCGCUUUCACACGGAUUUGUUAUUCGUUACAAUUCACCUGAAUUCCGUGUGGAUAUGUAAAAACUGGUGAAAAUAUUUAGACUGCAUGACAGUCCAUUUUGACAAAUCAAUGUACAAUGGGAUAUUGGAUUACUGUUCUGAGUGUACCGGUAUUACAUGUAUCUUCACAAGUUAUGUGAAAUGACAUCUUCGUUUUGUUUGUGUAUGUCUUAUAGCGGUUCCAUUACUGAUGAUGGCUUCACGUGGAAGAAUUCACGGGUUACCGGAUUAAAUCUGACAAAUCUGUGAUUCAGUGCUAACUUCCUACUCACUAUUGAUGCGUGAUACAGAGAGACAUGUUUCAUUUUCGUCUUGUUUUUCCUGUGAAUAGUGCUCCCUUUUUGGCGCAUUUUUGUCCUUAUGGCGUCAACAAAAGCGCAGUGAAUUAGCACAAAGAAUCGUCUGUGUUGUGAGGAUGGCCAUUUUCUGUCAUCUCCGCAGGAACUCCCGUGGCUGAUAAUUGGAACUAGGAUGCUCUUCUUUGUCAUUUGUCCCCCUUAUAUGUUGUGAUUCACAGAUCCGAAAUUGUAUGUUUUCUUUCCAUUUACAACUGGGUACCUUUCAGUAGUUUUUGCGGUAUGUUACGCCUUUUGGAAUCCCCAUGUACUUUGAACAGACAUACAUAUGCAUAAGAAUGUUCUGAAUAGCGGUACCGAAAAAUAAUCCAUUUCCGCACUUAGUCGAGCAUGUACCGUGCGUC